AUGAAUGACUUUGUAUCGGAGUAUACGAAGGUAGUAAGCAAUGCACUUCGGAUCACCAUCAAGUACCGAUCGGAUAACAGAGCGACCAUUGUCUUCCAUAACACGUUAAAGAACCGUCCGAUUGAGAUCAACCCUCAACAAGUGAAAGCCGGAUGGCUAAGUAUAUUUGGCUUUAGACAAACCAUUGAAGAAUCUGAAGUAGAAGAGUCUGACACAUCACAUUUGAAUGAUGAUGUUGAUGCCGACAGUGGUGCUCCCGUGACGAUCUUUUUAGGGUACAUUCAGUUCUUUGGAUACUUGGUCCAUAACUACAGCAUACGACAUGGAUCACAUGAUGCUUAUAGUCCUCAGGCCAACGAGUCUUUAUGGGUGAACAGCAUGUACACCACCACUUAUGACGAUAGCAUAGUCACCGACGAGAACAACAGCAACAAUAAUAAGAGUGGUGGUAGUGGUGAACAGAACGAUAGCUACGAAACAAGAUUGGAGAAGAUCCUACUGACGCCAUUGAUGCACCAUAGUGUAGACAAUCCCUUGGUUAUAGGAGGCAAAAUGGGUGCUGUUAAUGAUUUAAUAGUGGUAGAGAAACAGGUCAGGAAGACGAGUAAUGUGAUCAAUUCCAAUAAUCGGUAUCUUCUUCAAGAUUUAAUAUCACCAUUUAAUUCCAUCCCUACUCCGACACUGACUGUCCAUGAUGAUGACCCAAAUGAAAAUGGGUUUAUACCACUUCAUGAACUUACAGAUAAUCUUACGCCCUUUUACGCUACUCCACAGAGCCUAAUGUUUUCCGAGCUUCAUAUUCCUCCGAAACUGUCCACUAGUUUCGAGGUUACUCUUCCUGGUGUCCUGGGCUUACCUCCAUCAUAUAACACGCACAUGACUGCACCAUUGAGUGAUCAAGGCUGGGUUAGUAUUCAAUACCGUUUGAUAGUUGGCUUCAACUUCCAACAUAGUCAUGAUGAAGACCCUGUACACAGGGCAGUCUAUUUCCCCUACACUAUGAGAAUGAAUAUAGACGAAUCCAUGCAUUGUGGAGAGUAUUUGCAAAGUUAUUUUGCUGAAAUCAAGUUUGAUAACGAUUGGACGCCAGAAGUGAACCAAGUUACGGAUUCAACAAUGGUGACCACCUCUUCUGCGUCACCACCUCUGGCGGAGCUGCUUGAUAUUUCUCUUCUACAAAUUGAUAAUAAAAGACAAGUGUUUCUAGACGAAUUAGACACUCUUAUUAAGCUGGAUAUCUAUGAAAUUACUACACAGUCCUCCUUGAGGAAGAAGUCGAUUGCCGAGGCCAGUAGUGAAGAAAUGGCCCAGUGGAAUCGACGUCCUGUUCCUUCGUUAAAGAACAAAUUCCAGAUCAGAGUUAAUAACCAUGAUUUAUGCAUUAUUUCAUUGCCUAGAACAACGUUCCAUUUAGGUAAUAACAUCCACUUUUCUAUUGAUCUCAAUCCCUCUGAUGCAGCAACCACUAAAGUUGUAGGUGUUACCGUUCACUUGGAAGCCAUUGAGAACUACCAUGUUACCGAGAGCAAAGAUAAGUUCCAGAAUCGUUACAAGGUUACGCCAACAUUUAAGUUGAAUACUAUGGCUUGUAGUCUUUUACCAAAUCCGGGAAGCAACAUGGUUCGUGGGUCCAUCAAUAUCCCCCAAUUUCUAACCCCAGAAUUCAGAGUUACAAACUUCUUAGAUGUUAGAUACCAACUUUCAUUCAAGUUUGUUCUUGUGGAGCUUGAAGGCCACAAUGUUGACGAUAACUUGGGUAGUGCUGUUUCAACAACCAAUACUGACAAUGGUACUGAGCUCGACCCGGCACUUAGCGGGCUGCACUAUUCCACCAGUUUUAUCCAGUUUAUUCAUGACUAUCAACACGACUCUUCAGGUACCGAUAUGAGGUUUAAAUUUCCUAUUGUGGUAUUACCAUGA